AUGCCCCAAGGUCGCCCUAGCAACAGCCCCACCGUGCCCUCCCACAGCAACCUCACGAGCGCCAGAAACACGAUCGCCAUCGACGACGCUACCACAACCGCCGAUACGGGCAUCCAUAACCAAGCCCUCGGCAGCCCAAACCAGUAUUGCGAGCGUGAUAACAUCGCCCGUGAGCUGGCGGGAAUCGCCUGGGAGCGCGCGAGGAUCGCUCUCGAGCGCAUAACCAUCGCCUGCGACCGCAUGGACGUCGCCCAUCAGCGCAUGAACCUCGCCCACCGGCUCAUGAAUAUUGCCCGCCUGCGCCAGAGCAUAACCCUCGAACUCGAGGCCCAUGGGUACAUGAGCUCGGCCCGAGAGCUCAUGGGUACCGCCUACGAGCACAUGGACAUCGGUCGCGAACUCCUCGCCCAAGCAGUCGAGUGGCUCAAUCAGCUUGUCGCCCGUGGACACAGCGACGCUGUUCGCGCGGCUUUCAGCGAGCUCGACGCCGAGCAGCAAGCUAUUCCUGGCACCACCAGCGCCACGAACAAUGAAGGCAGCUCCUCUGCUGGCUCCUUCGAUGACCCCGCUCGCGAGGAGCAAGCCCAUUCACCGGACCGCUAG